CUAAUUCCUCUGCUUUUUGUGGCGAAGUUGUGAGAGAGAGACUGAAAUGGAGAGGAUGGUGCUGCUGAGAUCCCUAUUCCGUUCGGCGGCUUUCAGAUCUUGCCGUUUCUCUGCUGUCGUCAACCACCACCAACAGCUCCGCCACUACGCUUCUUCUCGGAGCUUAUUCAAUCUAUUCAGCCCUACUGCCAUUGCUUCCCGGAAAGCCCUCCCUUCUGACUGCAGGACUCCUUUUGCAGUGUCUAUUGGAAGUACACGGUCUUUUAGUGAAGAUGUAUCUCACCUGCCUGUCAUAAAAGAUCCUGAAAUUCAGACUGUUUUCAAGGAUUUAAUGGCUGCAAGUUGGGAUGAGCUGCCAGAUUCUGUCAUUAGUAGUGCAAAUAAGGUCCUGUCCAAAAAUACAGACGACAAGGCUGGCCAGGAGGCCUUGGCAAAUGUUUUCCGUGCAGCUGAGGCAGCUGUGGAGUUUGGUGGGAUUCUUGUAACUUUAAGGAUGGAAAUUGAUGACCUCGUUGGUAUCAGUGGCGAGAAUGUAAAGCCUUUGCCAGAUGAGUUUGUAAAUGCUCUGGUUACAGUUUUCAAGCGUUACACUACCUAUUUGGAUUCAUUUGGGCCUGAUGAAGCCUUUUUGCGGAAGAAAGUGGAGAUGGAGUUGGGAACAAAGAUGAUACACUUAAAGCUGAGGUGCAGUGACCUUGGUGCUGAGUGGGGAAAGGUGACUCUUCUUGGGACAUCAGGGCUUUCUGGGUCUUAUGUUGAGCAAAGAGCCCCGUAGUUUUUUUGGAAGGUCUCGUGUCAGACUGAGCUGUGUUGUGUUUAGGUUCAUGUUUUUUUCCUUUUUCCUUUCUUUUUAAAUACUUGGAGACAGCAUGGUAUAUUUGCUCCAAGUUAACCCUCUUGAGCACAGUUGCAUUGCAGUUAAUAAUGAGCGUAUCUUUGUGAACUACAAAGAAUUGGACAAUAUAGCAUCACGGUCAUCAUCUCUCCUGGGAUCCUCCUUCCUUCAUUC